CUCAAAUCAACAUGUCAGUAUGCACCUUCAACGCCCCACCACACUCCUUACUAAGCUCAAAACCCCCCUUAGGUACACAACAUCCUUUGCCUUCUUCGAAGCCCUAAUCGAAGCAGGGGUCAAGAAUUGCUUCGUAAACCUCGGUUCCGACCACCCCAGCAUUCUCGAAGCCAUCGUCAAGGGCCAGAAGGAGCUCCCAGAUAAAUUCCCAAAGAUAAUCACAUGUCCAAAUGAAAUGGUGGCGCUAUCCAUGGCGGACGGAUACGCCAGGCUGAGCGGCGAGGCCCAGUGUGUCAUUGUGCAUGUGGACGUCGGCACAUUGGCACUAGCAGCCGCUGUUCACAACGCAGCCAUGGGUCGGGCCCCCGUUCUGAUCUUCGCCGGUCUCUCACCGUAUACCAUUGAAGGCGAAACUCUUGGUUCGAGAACGGAGUUCAUCCAUUGGAUACAGGAUGUACCUGAUCAGAAGCAGAUUGUGGCCCAGUACUGUCGGUAUGUUGGAGAGAUUAAAACAGGGAAAAAUGUAAAGCAGAUGGUGCGUCGUGCGCUCCAACUUGCUACUAGUCACCCCCAAGGACCGUCUUACCUUAUGGGGGCGAGGGAGGUCAUGGAAGAGACUAUCGAACCCUAUAGCAUCAACUCUGCAUUCUGGAGGCCGAUUGCUCCUGCAGCUCUACCACAGGAGGCUGUGUGUGAGAUUGCCGAGGCUCUGGUCAACGCAUCUGAUCCUCUUGUCAUUGUUGGCUUUACCGGGCGUAACCACGCUGCGGUACAAUCCCUUGUAUCACUAGCCAAUACUGUACGAGGACUUCGCGUGCUCGAUACGGGUUGCUCAGACAUGUGUUUUCCCGCGGACCACCCCGGAUGGCUAGGAAUGAAAUACGGCGUGGACUCUGCGAUCGAGAAUGCCGAUGCCUUCCUUAUACUCGACUGCGACGUACCCUGGAUCAACAAGCUUUGCAAACCCAAGGCUUCAGCAAAGGUGUUCCAUCUUGAUGUUGAUCCGCUGAAGGGAUCUAUGCUGAUGUUCUACAUCGAUGCCCAGCAGCGUUAUCGCGUGGAUACACAAGUCGCGCUGGAGCAGAUCACCGAAUACAUUCGUGGUCCUCUGGCCAAGCAGCUUGCAACUGCCGAAGUCGAUAGCCGGGCUGAGGCUCUUGUGCAGUCAUACAACGAACGCAUUUGCGUGCUUGAUGAGCGGGCUAAGCCUUCAGACAAUGGGACUCUCACGGCUGAUUACAUCUGCUCCACUGUGCGGCGAAAGUUGCCUCAAGAUACCAUCUUCGCGGUAGAAGCAAUCACAAAUACGAUUGCAGUUGCUGAUCAAAUCCGCGCCACGCUUCCAGGUCAAUGGAUUCACUGUGGAGGCGGGGGCCUCGGAUGGAGCGGCGGCGGCGCUUUAGGUAUCAAGCUCGCAGCAGACGCAGCUGAUGCUUUGGUCCCUGGGAAGCGGAAGAGAUUCGUAGUGCAGAUCGUGGGCGACGGGUCUUAUAUGUUCAGUGUUCCAUCGAGUGUAUAUUGGAUCUCUGCCCGCUACCAGAUCCCCGUGCUGACUAUCGUUCUUAACAAUCUGGGUUGGAACGCGCCACGGAGAUCUAUGCUGCUGGUGCAUCCUGAUGGCCCUGCAUCGAGAGCUACCAAGGAGGAGCUUAAUAUUUCUUUCGCCCCGAGUCCAGACUAUGCGGGCAUAGCGAGGGCUGCGAGUAACGGAAAAAUAUUUGGUGCCCGUGUAAUCAAUGUGUUCGGAUUUGAGGCAGCACUGAAUGGGGCGGUGAAGAGUCUUGAGCGAGGUGUCUCGGCAGUGUUGGAUGUUGCGAUAUAA